UAUGUGCCCAGUGUGCAGAGGCCUUUGCAACUGUCAAAUAUGCGUGUUGCACAAAUAAAUACAAACGUGACAGUUCACCGGGCCACAUUGUAGUAAAGACCUGCGAAGACACAGCAUCUUCAUCCGCUCGAAAUGGAUUCGCUUCAACUUAAAAAAGAGCUAAAAACGCUUCAUUCGCUUGUGAAGACAACGCAAAGAAACAUCAUCCGCAAACUGAAACGCGAUAGCAAAUUGUGGAGUGCAAAGGUGGCCACCAACAGUUCAAAUCUGCGUGCCAAGAGAAAGGCAGAAAAAUGCAGCGCCAUCGUCACCCAUCUGGAAGGGGUUCGUGCUUCGGCGCUGAUCGAAGAAGUGUUACGAUAUGAACCGUUUAAGGAUGAAGCGUCGUUGGCAGCAGCGCCCGUUGAGCAACGCAGCAUGGCACGUUUUUGGGACGAUGCAAAAUUAAAACGGCACCUUACGGCUCUCGAAAGCCAAUUUGGUCCCGAUUCUAAAACGAAAAUUAUUGCUGCCCUCCCGAAGUAUACUGCGUCGUUACGAAGCAAAAUCGAAUCAAAGAAAACCAAGCUGAAAGCAUUGGUAACGAAGAAGCAAACAAAGGAGCGGAAGGCUAAAGCGCUGGAAAGAAGGAACAAAAAGCUGCAGAAAAGGUUGAACCAUAAAACUCAACCCAAGCAAGAGCACGGCAGCGUGCAACAUCGAUCGGAAAGUGUUGAACCGGAUUCUGCACAGGAGACGGAUGAUGAGGAAAUAGGUGCGCCGCAUUCGUGCGAAUCGUACGGUUCCGAUGACGAUUCGGAAGGGUUGAACGCGGAGGAGCCGGACGAAUCCGACGAGGGAGAGGAUUCAGAACAGCAAAGUGAGCAAAGCACAUCCUCUAGUGAGGAUGUGAGCCACUUUGGCGAAGAAGAGGAAGACACCGAUUCGUCUGAGGAAGAACAGAAGUAUGCACAACCGGUUCGAGAGGUAAUAAAAGAUGAGCCCAUGGACAAGGCAGCCAAUUAUAAAGCCCCCGAGGAGGAGGAUGAUGUAGACGGGUACGAGUGGUUAACGGAUAGCUUCUUCAUCACGGACACGGGCUCACGGUACGUGGCGGUCGCUCCGAAAUUGAAGCCACCAACCGACGACGGGAAUGAUGGGGCAGCAGAUGAACCUGAGGAAAGCUGGAAGUUGGUUAAUAGGAGAAAACGCCGCGACGCAGAGCGGGAAGGAGCUGAUGCACAAGAAGAGUUAGGUACAACUUCGAAUCAUGCGAAGCAGCGAAAAGAGAGUGGAGAUCAAGUUUCGAAUGGUAAUUCCUACAGCUAUGAGCAGACGCAAGAUCUCCACCCGUCGUGGGCUGCGAAGCAAGCGCAGAAAGGCAUCAAACCGUUCGCUGGAAAGAAGGUCAGAUUUGACGAGGAAGACGACGGUGUUCGCCCUUCGACUUCUGGUCUGAAUAGCAAUCCACAUCCUUCGUGGGCCGCUCAAGGAACGGAGAGAGACAUCAAACCUUUCGCUGGGAAGAAGGUUGUGGGCGCCACUGAGGGCGACAAUGGAAGCCCUUCGUCUUUUACUGCGAGACCAACUGGGAGCCUCAAUCAACAGAGCGAUCUUCACCCGUCUUGGGCUGCAAAGCAAGCUCAAAAAGGCAUCAAACCGUUCGCUGGAAAGAAGGUCAGAUUUGACGAGGAAGACGAUGGUGUACGCCCUUCGACUUCUGGCCAGAGCAGCAAUCAACAUCCUUCGUGGGCCGCUCAAGGAACGGAGAGAGACAUCAAACCUUUCGCUGGGAAGAAGGUUGUGGGCGCCACUGAGGGCGACAAUGGAAGCCCUUCGUCUUUUACUGCGAGACCUACUGGGGGCCACCAUCAACAGAGCGAUCUUCACCCGUCUUGGGCUGCAAAGCAAGCGCAGAAAGGCAUCAAACCGUUCGCUGGAAAGAAGGUCAGAUUUGACGAGGAAGACGAUGGUGUUCGCCCUUCGACUUCUGGCCAGAGCAGCAAUCCACAUCCUUCGUGGGCCGCUCAAGGAACGGAGAGAGACAUCAAACCUUUCGCUGGAAAGAAGGUUGUGGUCGCCACUGAGGGCGACAAUGGAGGCCCAUCAUCUUUUACUGCGAGAUCAAAUGGGGGCCACCAUCAACAGAGCGAUCUUCACCCGUCUUGGGCUGCAAAGCAAGCGCAGAAAGGCAUCAAACCGUUCGCUGGAAAGAAGGUCAGAUUUGACGAGGAAGACGACGGUGUUCGCCCUUCGACUUCUGGCCAGAGCAGCAAUCAACAUCUUUCGUUGGCCGCUCAAGGAACGGAGAGAGACAUCAAACCUUUCGCUGGGAAGAAGGUUGUGGGCGCCACUGAGGGCGACACUGGAAGCCCUUCGUCUUUUACUGCGAGACCAAUUGGGAGCCACCAUCAACAGAGCGAUCUUCACCCGUCGUGGGCUGCAAAGCAAGCUCAGAAAGGAAUCAAACAAUUUACGGGCAAGAAGGUCAGAUUUGACGAGGAAGACGACGGUGUUCGCCCUUCGACUUCUGGCCAGAGCAGCAAUCCACAUCCUUCGUGGGCCGCUCAAGGAACGGAGAGAGACAUCAAACCUUUCGCUGGGAAGAAGGUUGUGGGCGCCACUGAGGGCGACAAUGGAAGCCCUUCGUCUUUUACUGUGAGAUCAAAUGGGGGUCACCAUCAACAGAGCGAUCUUCAUCCAUCCUGGGCCGCUAAACAAGCUCAGAAAGGCAUCAAACAGUUUACGGGCAAGAGGGUUUCAUUCGCCAUUGAAAAUGAUGGUGAGCGAGCUUCGUCUUCCAACCAGCAACCGGCAAAUAGGUUGGGACCAAACAGCGACAUUCAUCCAUCUUGGGCUGCAAAACAAGCUCAACAGGGAAUCAAGCCAUUCGCUGGAAAGAAGAUCGUUUUCGGCGAUGGAAAUACGGACGGCUUUGGCAACAGUGACCAUCCGAUGCAACCAGGCACAAGUUCCCAUCCACCGACCGAUGUUCAUCCUUCGUGGGCCGCAAAGCAAGCGCAAAGAGGUAAUCUUCCUUCCGCUGGGAAAAGGGUAAGCUUCCCCACCGCACCAGAUGCAACAGCCAGCAACACAGCAGCUGAAUUCCGUGCCAGAUUGGGGCUGAGCGUUUCGAAUACUUCCGUAACCUAUCCCAGACGAGUUAAGAGUGCACCGCCGACCAUCUCGUCGGAUCUCCAUCCGUCCUGGGCAGCGAAACAGGCCCAGAGUGGAAUUAAGCCGUUCGCGGGUACGAAAAUUACUUUCGAGGGCUAAACGAUACGCUUUCUACUAUAUUUGUACGUGCAGUACAUUAAACUUAAAUAAACCACCGAGAAAUCUCGGCUUACAACACA